AUGGGCGACGAAAAGUUCCCAAGGGUUCAGGGAGGGGGCUCAUUGAUUCUCGCGUGGCAAAUCAGGAAUAAGAGGGUCCUGGUAGUGGGUGGCGGAGAGGUUGCUGCGGGGAGAAUACUCAAUGUCCUCAAUGCAGAUGCGAAAGUCACAGUUGUGUCUCCUAGACAAGGACUGAAUCACGAAGUUGCAUAUCGAAUCGAAAAAGGACAAGUCGAUUAUGUGGACCGAAAAUUUGAACCUUCGGAUCUCGAUAAUGUGGAUAUGGUUUUGACGGCAAUCGAUGACCCUGAAGCUUCGUCACAGAUAUGGAAGCUAUGCAAGGAGAGGAAGAUUGCGGCCAAUAUUGCAGAUGUGCCUCCCGAGUGUGACUUCUAUUUUGGGAGUGUGCACAGAGAUGGACCUCUCCAGAUUAUGGUGAGCACGAAUGGGAAAGGUCCUCGAUUGGCAAACAUUGUCAGACGCUCAAUAGCAGAGAAUCUCCCUGACAAUGUGGGAGAGGCUAUUUCGAAGAUUGGAAAGUUAAGGCAGAUGUUGAGGAAGGUUGCACCCAAUCCUGAGGAGGGUCCAAAGAGGAUGGCAUGGAUGAUCAGGGUCAGCGAUGCCUACAGCUUGGAAGACUUAUGUGAGAUGGAUGAAAGAGAUAUGGCAACUCUGUUGAGGUUCUACGCUCCAGACAAGGUUCCCAGAUUAGGUUGUCUGAAGGCCAUGGAGGAAGAUUAUGAUGCAUUCGAUGGGUCGUUUGGUUUCUGUGUUGGAUGGGGCUAG